AUGGAGAAAAGUGCGUUUUCGGGAAUAUUUUCAAUAGCGCCAGAUUUCUCAGCUAUUGCUAUAGCAUAUGAAUUAAAAGAUCGUACACGACGUAGCGGAAAAUCAAAAUAUGACAUUCUUCAUUUAAAUGGCUUGGGAAACGGAACUACAGUUGAAGAACGACUUGAAAUUGGUGUCACAAAUGACGUCAUGGAGCAACCAUAUUUAGAUUUUAUUCAAUGGUCACCAAAAAGUGAUCGUUUGGCUUUUGUCUAUCGAAAAAAUGUUUAUCUUCUUGUGAAUCCAUUCGAUUUAGACAAAAAGAGAAUUAUAAAUGUAACACAUUCCUUACCACAAGAUAAUUGUCUAUACGGAGUAACGACGUGGCUGUAUGAAGAAGAACUUUUUGAUACUAAUAAAGCCUUAUGGUGGAGUAAAACUGGAAAAUAUUUAGUUAUAACUGGAUUUGAUCAAAGAAAUGUUUCUACACAUGAAAUACUUAAAUUCGAUGAUGAAAAUGAAUUGAAGGAUAAAAAUGUUAAAAUUAAAUAUCCUAUGGCUGGUGAAACAUCCCAAUAUAACAAUCCAGUUGCUACCCUUUACUUAUUCGACAGUGAAGGACAAAACUAUCAAAUAAUUCCUCGACCACACCUGGUUCCUUGGGAUGCAUUGCUGGUGUUGACACGUUGGAUGAAUGAUGACAUUUUCAUCCAUGCAUGGACAAAUCGUAUACAAAAUCGUGGUUGGAUAUGCGUUUUCAGUAGAACACUGAAUGAAAGUUGGGUAAUAUAUAAAACUGCUUAUGACAAUGGAUGGGUUAAUCUGAUGAAGCAAGUUCAUGUUGAACCAUUGAUUAACGAGGAGAGACAAGAAAUGUUAAUUAUACUACCAAGGGAUUAUUCUGAAAAAGCCUACAGAGGUAUAGCUAAACUAAGAAUUCCGUUGAAACCUGAAGCUCCACAAUCACCAAAAUGGAUAGUUACACCAGAGUUUGAUGUAAGGGAUAUAUUACAUUAUGAUGGUGUUGACGAAGUACUAUUCCUUGGAACAGGUCCAGAUCCAAAACAUUCACAUUUAUACUGGACCUUAUUAUCAGAUAGUGAGAACAUAAUAUGCCUUACAUGUGAUAAUGUCAACUACACUUUCAAUGUGAUAGAUGUUUUUCCCAAUGGACAGUACUUUAUACAAGAUGUACGUGGUUCAAGUGUACCGAAGACAAUGCUGAAACGGAUUGAUAGAAAUUUAUCAGCAACAGAUAAUUCAACAGUAUCAACAACAUUCAUAAAAUAUUUUGUACAAAAUGAACAAUUUGAAACAUUUGUCAGAACACAUGCGCUACCGCGUACUGAAUAUACUAAGCUGGUACUGCGUCAAGGGACAAGACAUCAGAUAGAAGUUGAAGCUAAAUUACUGCUCCCACCAGAACUUGAUCCAGCGCAUAUUACACAAUAUCCACUGUUACUAUACACCUAUGGAGGUCCAACAAAUCAGGUGGUCAGUACAAAAUUUGUAAUCGACUGGAUGACAUAUAUAUCAGCAACUGCAAAAGUUAUCGUUGCUGUCGUUGAUGGUCGUGGUACAUCAGGUCGUGGAAGAGUUUAUGAGCAUUCCAUUUACAAGAAACUUGGUUUAGUUGAAGUUGAAGAUCAGUUGGACAGUGUUAAAGCCUUAAUUCGACGCUAUCAUUACAUAAAUGAAAGUCAAGUCGGUGCUUACGGUUGGUCUUAUGGGGGAUUCACUGUUGGCCAUCUACUCACCAGACCAGAGAAUGAAUGGAUUCGAUGUGGGAUUUCAGUUGCUCCAGUUACAGAUUUCCGAUAUUAUUCAACUGUAUAUACUGAAAGAUAUCUGGGCAGAUUUAUUGACGAUCCAGAUGCGUAUGCACGAACAGCUAUUAGAAAUGUUAAGAAUUUAGCUAACAAAGGAUAUUUACUGGUUCAUGGAACUGCUGACGAUAAUGUUCACUUGGUUAACACAGCUAGACUGAUAAAAGAUCUGAUUGCUGCAAGUGUUGAUGUCGAUGUCAUGAUUUAUCCGGAUGACAAUCAUUUCCUGUCGAAAGGAAGAAAUCUUGAACAUCUCUAUCGUAAAAUGACAAUAUUUCUACUCGACUGUUUCAAUAAAACCUCAGUGAAAUAUUCAUUAGAUUUAUCAGUUAAAGAUGAUCUGUAA